CUGCAGGUCGGUUCUUCCUGCUGCUCAGAGAAGAAGCUUCGCUGCAGCUGAUCCGAACCUCCGAUGAAACCUCGCAGGUGUUCUCAGACUGACCUUUUUACCUGAUGCAAGCCCAUCAAGCACGUCGUCACCAAGUAGAUUAAAGGGGAUAGCGAUGAUGUCUGGAUUAAACCCAACCUCUUCAGAACACCGUGGAGAUACCCUUUGUAGUGCUGAUAAUGGCAAUGUGGAAACAGGAGAUGAUGCCCUGGACCAAGAGCUUCUCCCAGAUCUGAUUCAUCAUCACCCUAAUCUUUUCAGCUCUUCUCCUUUAAGGGAAAAGAUGUAUGAGGUUGACAGCAGCUGGAGCCAGGGUGUAGACCAGCUGAGAUAUGGACCGUUGGAAAGGAAGUGGCUGCUCUGGCAUGAGUUUAUGAUAGAACACACCCACCUAGAUGCUUGGCUGCAAUUGGCUGAGCAGGCAGUCACCACUUUAAACCUCGAGCAGGUAACCUACAGUGCCUGCAAAGAGGAGCUGAGGAGGUUUGAGAGGUUGCGAUGUGAGGCGGGAUGUCAAUUCAUCCAGCUGGACAGCCUGACCAGAAGGAACCGGAUCUUAACCCGGCUCUUUCAGGGUACGAUGCAGGCUCGGCUGCUAGCGUCGGCUAGGGAAUGUGGCCAGCGAUGGGAAGAUGUUGAUGCCAAACUGGAAACCAUUACAAGACGACUACAGUCGUUGGUAUCAGAGUGGGAGGAUUUUGAAGCAGAGAGAGAGGAGCUUGCACUCUGGUUGGCCGACAUGGACACUCGUCUCACAGAGAUAGAUCACAUGAGUGGAAACAACUGUGAGAAAUUGAGACGGCUUCAGUCUUUUCAGCACUCUGUGUGUGAAAACUCCGGUCGUGUGAACAACCUGCUGCAGCGUGGCGAGGAGUUGCUCCAGCGCAGCGAGUCUGCUGACGCUCAACAUGUGGAGAGCCGCCUGCUUGAGCUGCUGCGUCGCUGCAGCCAUGUCUACAACAACAUCGCCCGGACGCACACUCGGCUCCUCAGCAUGAGACUGGUGUUUGAUAAUGACUGCGUUCUGUCCCAGAGAACAGACUCUGGGUCUCCUUCAGAAUUGAUGCAAGAAGACGGACUACUCCAGAAAUAUGAUCCGGACAUCUCUUCAGUUCCACCCCAUCUCAACGAUUUCAGACAGUCUGUGAACUGUGUACCAAUCCGGCACUCCCUUCCACCCUCACCAUCCCCACCAUUUCCGUCCUACCCUGCCCAGGAGCUCAUGGGGUUGGAGUGGGACCCCUCAGUGGACAUUGGCCGGUCAGUCUCCCAUGAUGAUGCGGACUCUUCCUACUUUAGUGCCUCCAACGGUCUGUGUCAGAGAGAGGACACCAAGAGGUGGAGCUACCUCAGCUCCUUUGACUCUCGCUCUGACAUCAGCACUGACAUCACAAACCAGGAAGCAGUUCUGAGUCCAUGGGAAUGGACAGACCAAACAGAUCCUGGGUUGUUCUCACCCAUCACCACCAGUCAAGCAGAGGGCCAAUGGACUGUCUUGACCACUGAAGGGGACGCCAAUGAGCCAAUGGGGUUCAAUGGAGGGCGGGUCAAUGCGUGGCUGAGGGUCCAGAGCUCCUCCACUGCAGACAACCCGAGUUCAGGUUUGCAGGUGGUGCCGACUGAUGCGGACAAGAAGUUCUGUGAGGGCGCAGAUGCAUUCAACCAGUUGCAUCUUCAUCCUAACAGCCAGCAUUGUCAUGACAACACCCAGCAUCCUCUUCCUGUCCCUUUAAAACCAUCUUGUGACCUGGAAGGAAAAGCUUUGGCGGAUCACAUGAAGCAACCUCAGAGGCUGGCUUUACAGGAUGAAGAUGAGUUCUCCUGCUGUGAAGAAGCGGAGCUGCUUCUCUCUAAGCAGAGUCACACAGACAGCAGACCAUCCUCCUCUUCCUCCUCCUCCUCAUCAGCACUCCUCUACCUUCUCCUGGCCACAGCAGUCGCUCUGCUGGCCAGUCUGAUUUGGGUCACCAUGGAGCCUCCAUGUCACCGUAGCAACAGGAUGCCACGGUCCCUCCACCUGACUCUUAGAUACAUCAAUGGGCCGCCGCCGACCUGAAGCCCUGGCAAGUUCUCUCUAGGUCAAAGGUUAUCCAUCAGGAUCAAAUGAGAUGCUCCUGAUAAACCAUUCUAUUCCUUCCAGAACUAAACCCACUUCCUGUGGUUUGUGUUUGAACAUUCCAAAGCAGCCCCUGCAUUGAGUCUCAUUCCAAAUCCAUUUUAAUAUGUUUUCAGACAGAGAAACCUCUGAUCCACAGUUUGUAAAUUAAAACAGUUUAAUAAUCGGUAACGUGUCUCUCCUGUAAACGUCUGAUUUCAGAGGAGUUUCCUGCUAAAUUCCAUGGGUUAAAUUAACCCCUCCACCAAAAGCAGUGAAACCCAGGAGACUUGUUUGAAUCUUUCAAAUCUUGAUAGAUAGGAUGUUGUGGAAUACACUUUCAGGAAUGUGAAGAGUGGAAUGAAUUUAUUUUUUUUCUUUCUUUUUUCUUUACAUUAUUUCCAUCUGUCUCUGUUGUGUUACAGCUGAAAGAUGCCUCUGAAACAGAUCUCAUUUUUGGACUUUCCUUUUUCAAUCUUUGUGUCAUUUAUGUAUACAUAUAUGUAUAUUUUCAUGUUGAAUUUUCAAAAUUCAAAUGAUGCAAAAAAAAUUCCAUCUAGGUUCCUAUGAAGGUCCAAAUACUUUGGUGAAAUUGAAGUGAUUUUUUUUUUAAACCAUGGAAACAUUUUUGACAUGAAUAAAAACAUAAAUGUGGGUUUUCUGCAAUGUUGAACAUUUCAUUUUUUAUUUUUUGUAAA